AUGAACGACUACCUUUAUGAUGGUGGCGGUUUGCCCGCUCAAAUGAUGCCCCAGGGAAACCAGGGAUCCCUCAGUGAUAUGCCCGGAUCUUCGUUACAGCAAAUCCCUCAAUCCUCGCAUCAAAUGCAAGGCCAGGGAGGGUCUGGGAACAACCAGAAGGAAAGGUUCGCGCGAGAAAACCACAGUGAAAUUGAGAGGCGAAGGAGGAACAAAAUGACACACUACAUCAACGAAUUGGCUGAGAUGGUCCCUCAAUGUGCUGCUUUGGGUGAGAUUUCCUUUUUUUCUAUUGUUUUCAAAUUUUUAGGCAACAACUUUGGUCAUGGAUAAUAUAGGCCGUAGCUGGGUGAAGGAUGCCCUUAGUGGAGUGGAAUUUUUUGGUGAUGUUUUAGAGGGACUGAGGAACGUUUUAAAAAGUUUUUAGACGUUAUUCCUGCCUUGUUCUUUUUUCGGUAUCUAAAAUAAGGUCUGAUAAGUUUUGGAUCUGACAAGAAAUUGGUUAGGGAUAGCGGCCUGAUAUUUUUUAUGUCUAUGCUCUGUGGUACUGACCUGCUAAUCGAGUACAAAUUAGCCCGAUACUGACUGUUUCCACCGUUAUAUUACACAUUUCCAUCAAUACAGCUUCAGGUCGGAAACCGGACAAACUCACCAUCCUCCGAAUGGCCGUCACACACAUGAAGCAGAUCCGUGAAAUAUCGACACCCACUGAUCCGGCCUUGGCCAACGUCAACAGCUACAAACCCACUUUUCUCACCGACCAAGAGCUAAAACACAUGAUCCUCGAAGCGGCGAAUGGAUUUUUGUUCGUGGCCGCCUGCGACAGUGGCCGCGUCCUCUACGUGGCCGAUAGCAUCUUACCCGUGCUGAAUCUUCGCCAGGAAGAGUGGCUGGGCCAUUCCAUUUACGAUCUUGUGCAUCCGGACGACAUGGAUAAGGUCCGGGAUCAGCUCUGCGCCUCCGAAGCCAACCUCAACCGCACUUUGGACUUGAAAUCAGGCUCGGCGAAGAAGGAGCAGCGCGUUGGCCCACCAAUUCAUAUGGGAUGCCGGAGGGGAUUCAUCUGCAGAAUGAGAUUGGGUAAGGAGAUUUUUUGUUUUUUUUUUGAAAUUUAGGUAGAAAAUGAAGAGGAAAUGAUGUUUGAUAGUUAGAAGAGGCCUUACUGGAUCUCGGAAAAUUGAUUUGGAAUUUUUUCCACUUGAUUUUUUGGUACAGUGACGGACCUGAUCUAGUGGCAAAAAACGUACCGUUUUGUAUCCAGGAAGUAUCAAAAAUGUGGCAAAACGCUUCCCUUUACAAGAGAAAAAACUUGGUUUUGAAGAGCGCGCCCUUUUCCUCACAAAAAGAGCGGCUUUUGAAAUCGGAUUUUUUUCUUUUUUCACUUGGAGAGGGAAGCAUUUUGCCACAUUUUUGAUGCUUCCCGGAUGCAAAAUGGUACGUUUUUUGUCACUGGAUCAGGUCCCCCACUGUAUUUUUGAGGCUUUCGAAGUUUUGAAAAUCAAAAUUAAUCCUCAAAAUUAAGGAAAAUUUUUGCAGGAAACAUUGAGCCCUUGCACAGGCUACGAAACCGCCGCCCUCUCUUCACCCACAACGGCCAAACCUACGUUGUGAUGCACUGUACCGGCUACGUGAAACAAACCCCACCGCAAGGCGUGGAACAAACGAACGCCAGCUGUUUAGUGGGUGUCGCCCGUCUCCAAGUCGCCUCCAUGCCCACCGUGAAGCCCGACGGAAUCGAUGGGGAACAGUUUUGCAUGCGCUGGAAUGAAGAGGGAAAGAUCACUUUCGUCGACCAACGAGUCUACCAUAUCCUCGAUGUGCGCGCGGACGAGCUGAACGGACGCUAUUGCUGGCAAGGCAUCCAUCCAGCAGACGAACAGACAGUCAGAGAUGCAUUUACACAACUCAUGCAGAACAACCAGCCCUUCCAAUUGACCUAUCGCUUCGCCCGACCGAACGGCGUUUACAGCCAGUGCACGGUGGACGCGUUCAAGUUCCUAAACCCCUAUUCGGAACAGUUUGAGUAUGUAGUAGCAACAGCCAGACUAAUAGACCCUGCGGCCGAGGAGAUUGCAGCAAAUCAACAACUCCCCGACCUGAUUAUACAUCAGAAUAAUCCGAUUCAGCCAGCGGGAUUUGAAGGCACUCAGUGGAAUCAAAAUCAAUCGGUAAGGGGUUUAAAAGGCUUGAAAUUUGAUUUUGGGAAGUUAGAGGGUCAAUGAUUGCGAUUGAAGGGAGUUAUGGGCAAAUUUGGAUAUUAUUAGGUUGGCAACUAAGUUAUUGAAAUUUUUUUUGCAUUAUUCCACAGACCUUCUUAAGUCAGUAUGGCUAGUAUCACACUAUCCCACCUGUAGUAGGGUUAGAGUACUAUCAAACCCAGAGGCAUCGAACUCGCAGCUCGCGUGUAGGUGUAUUACCUUGAAUUGAGGGUAUUAUAGUUGUUGACUGUCCAGCCUUUAAAGGUUGUGGCAAAAACAAAAGCAGUCAAAAAUUUCAAUAACUUAGUUGCCAACCUAAUAUUUUAGGUAAUAGUGGUCAAGAAUAAUGUAAAAAGUGAUGGGAUUGCGAUUUUAUUGGUGAAUUAAGAGGUUGUAGAGUAUGAAAAGAUAAUUUUUGAUUUAAUUUGGCAGUGGUUUGAAGUAUAAAAAUCAAAAUUUUUGGUCAGAAGGUCAUGAAUAAUAUAGGGGAUAUCUUGAAGGUAAAUGAGUGGAGUGGAGAAGUUAUGGUGGUUUUAGGACGAUAAAGGCUCAAUAAGACUAGUGGAAUGCGAGUUAGAAGUAUCUUCGCCUUUAGGAGGAGCUAAAAUUAUAUUGUAGUAGACACUAAAAUCAUGUAUAAUAUAGGGGAAAUUGAAGUCUUCCACACCUUGGAUGGCUAUAAUAUUGUAGAGAAAGCCCUGAAAAGACGAUUUGGAUUUUAAUUUCGAAUGAUUUCAGCCCGGCGAACCGAUGCCCGCCGCCUCGAUGAGCAACUACCAACCCCAACUGGCUCAAAUGUCGCUCAGCCAGAACGCGACGAACCCCGCCCCCCUGACGGUGGACCCCUGGCUGAACCAAAUACCCCCCAUCCAACAGCAGAACCCAUACUGGAAUCAAGAAAGCGCCGAGUCCAUUCCACUUGCUCAAUCUCAAUGGAAUUAUUUGAAUCAAUAA